GCCAAAACCCCAAUAUUCAUCCAGGACAACAUGCCAGCAACCACAUCAUCAAACUCAUUCUCUCAUUCUCUCAACCUCAUCGACCUCAACGACUACCUCGGACCAUCCCAACUAUGCACAAAACCAAACAUACCAACUACUCAAGAACAACAGCAACCAUCGCUUUCAAAAACUCAAAUCUUACUCGAUGACCAUCCACCACCAUCGACAAAAGUCACAGAGUCUCUCCCCAAGGCACAAAUCACUCUGAAUGACUGUUUGGCUUGUAGUGGAUGUAUAACUUCAUCAGAAUCUAUUCUCGUCUCCCUUCAAUCGGUCUUGGAAGUACGCAAGGAGAUCCAACAACCAAACCGCUAUCCGAUCGUAUCGAUCUCUUCGCAUUCGCUGGCUUCGUUUGUUGCUUACAAUCAACUAGACUCUCUAUCAACUGGAUUCAAAGUCCUGAAGAAAUAUUUCACCCGUUCACACAACUUUGCACUCGUCCUCGAUACCAGCUUUUCGCAGCGCCUACAUCUGUUGGAGAGUCAGAGAGAAUUCAAGGAACACAGAAGGCGACAGAAAGAAGCCAAAGUCUCUGGCGGCAAGGCCCCACUCCUAGCGAGUAGCUGUCCGGCAUGGAUCUGUUAUGCGGAGAAGACCCAGGGGAAGAACGGAAUCUUGGAGAUGAUCAGUCGGGUGAAAUCCGCUCAGCAGAUCCAGGGCUCCCUGCUGAAGAGCCCACGCUUUGCCGAAUCAGUCGGACUUGGAUCGGCUGAGCCGAUCUACCACGUCUGUGUGAUGUCCUGCUACGAUAAAAAGCUCGAGGCCAGUCGAUCAGAUUUCCAGAGCGAUGAGGGGAUUAAGGAUGUCGAUUGCGUGUUGACGACCCGGGAGGUACAGGAAAUGAUCCAGGAAGACGGUUUCGAUAUUCUCCAGGCAGCUCAAGAAACUGAGGAAUCCGGACAGACACUCGACAGUCAAGUCGGCAUUCCGAUCUGGAUCGAUCAUCCUCCACCCAUUGGAUCAAGCAGUGGUGGAUACCUCUUCAACCUCCUAAGGGCUAGCGUCCCCACAGACCGGGGAAAUAUUAUCGAUCGGCUGAGGCUGACUGUUGACCGAAAACGAGGAUCAGAUUACGUCGAGUACCGGCUACAACUCGCCCAUGCUUCUUCUUCCCAAGAUAUUCAAGACAUUCCGACACAGGAACCGGAAACGUUGUUUUACGGUGCCCUCUUCUACGGGUUCAAAAACCUUCAGAACCUGAUUCGCAAGAUUGCCCCACCCUCGUCCUCUUCAACAACGAACCCGAGGGCCCGGAUCAUGGGGCGACGUCGGAAGGACCAGGGCGUGGAAGCCGCGAAGGAGGCUGACCGGACUUAUGACUUUGUCGAGGUCAUGGCCUGUCCCUCCGGCUGCGUCAAUGGGGGAGGACAGAUCCCGUUCGGUUCCCAACCCGGUCCAUCUUCAUCCGCACCUACAAACAAACAAUUGAUCGCCAAGCUCGAACAAGUCUACUUCCAGUCCUCCUCUCCCUCCUGUUCCCCCGAGGAAGCUCAGCAGCUCAAGGCGGUCGCCAACGACCAGCAGGCCGACUUGGUGGACACCCUCCAGGCUGCAGACCUGCUCGAUUCCCAUGAACACACAUUUAUCCUUUCAUGGCUAGACUCUUGGGGCUUUCUAUCUGACCAGGCGUCCAGAGAUAGGACCUUCCUGACCUCCUAUAGGGCCGUCGAACCCGAAUCUAACGGGUUCGCAGUCCAAUGGUAGUCCCCCCAUCCAUUUUUCCCCCUCUCCCCUUCCCCACUUUUCCCUUCGGACUUUCGUUGGUUAUAAUUAUCACUGGUGCUUUCAGCAUCUGCAUCAUCAGCAUCAGCAUCAUCGGCAUACUUUUUCCCAUUAUUUCUUCAUGCACGCAUAUCCUCGCGAUCAACUGAUAUUUAUUGUUAGAUAGGGUCUUUAAAAGUGUAGUACCAGCAAUUCAUGGGGUUUUCCUCCACAAGUGUUAGACUUUGCCUCUA